AUGGCCAAUUCCGAUGCGUUAAAGCUGGAGGAUUCGACUGCCUUACCUGGCAAACAAGGAGACCAAGAGAUACGAGCGCAAUUCGCCGUGGCUGACAGCAAUGUAAAACCUCAGACAUCGCCAUUACUAUCCUCCACACCACCUACCGUGGCCAAGGCUUUAGUGAAAGCGUACCCAUAUUUGCUUAUAGUGAACAAAUUGUUGGCCGUGGCCACAUGGACAAAUGACGAUUACUGGGUGAAUGUCGUGUUGAUGUGCCUCUAUGGCUUUGCCGUGCUAUACUUUGAGAUCCUCGUAACGUGGCUGGGCCACUUGAUCUUGGUGGGGGCUGUAAUUAUGUAUGCUGUUCUCAACAACAAAAUCGUGGAGGAAACAAACCUCAAGCCCACAUUGGACGAUGUCGUGCAAGCGUUGACCACUACUUGCAUCAAGGCUGAUAUCCUCUUGAGUCCCAUCACUGCAUUGGCAUUGACCCCAUACGAUAUUAAACGUCUUUUGUUCACCACUGUGUUUUUAACGCCAUUAUACUUGGUGGUCACUUUCUUACUCAUCAAGCCCAGGUCAAUAUUGUUGGCCGCUGGUCUCUUUCUUCUAUCAUAUCACCUGGGCUACUCGCGCGUCACCAGAAGACUAGUGUGGAAACUCAAGAUUACCAGAGUUUUGUGCUUCUACUUGACUGGUCUUGACUUCUCCCAAGCACGCAACAGCUCCUUGUUUGCCGCUGCCUUUGCCAAAGUGCAGAAAUCAGCCGCCUCGUCUUCGUCAUUUGGCGGCGCCGACUCCUCGAAACCUGUCCGUUUCACAUACGUGAUUUAUGAAAACCAGCGUCGCUGGUUGGGCAUUGGCUGGACUUCCAAUUUGCUCUCGUAUGAACGUGCUCCAUGGACAGAUGAAUUUUUGAAUGAGUCAUCUUCCAUCGAUGCAUUCGAACUUCCAAAUCCAGACUCGUCCUCCUCGUCGGUAGCUACAUCCUCUUAUGUUCAACAUCCAAGUAUGGAGGGAGCUUACUGGAGAUGGGUUGAUAAGGCCUGGCGUCUUGAUUUAACAAAUGAUGGUGCCAUCACACUACCCUCUGGGAAGAGAUCAAAAACCACUGCUAACCCAACUUCUGAUGAGGGUUUCUUGUACUUCGACAAUGUUUGGAAGAAACCUUCUACAGAAGACUCAUACUCGAAGUAUACUCGUAGGCGUCGCUGGGUCAGAACCGCUGAAUUGGUUUUCAAGAAUACUGGGGACUUUAGUACAAAUCUGGCUACGUAUGCACUGGGAGCCGAGGAAUUAUCCCUGGACCAAUCCGCAACAAGGAACAGGAAAAGCUUGCGUUUUGCUGAGGAGCCAGAGCCCUUGUCUGAUGCUACUGUAGAGGCAGCUGGUAUCGAAGAACCCUCAGACAAGAAAUACGAGUAA